AAACGGCACCACGAGAAUUUAAGAUGCAAAAAACUAAAACCAAAACAAAAUCAAAACCAGAGCUACCAGCUCCAGCCGAAUCGAUGAACGUGGACAGUGAUGCGGCUUCAGACGAAGAGGUCCAAGAGGAGGCAGAUGCAUCGGAUGACGAUGAUGAAAUGGACUUGGCCAACUUCAAAGCAAGCUCUUCCGCCACUAUUCAGAAAAAGAAACGCAAGAAGGGCAUUAUUUACAUAUCGAACAUACCCAGACACAUGAACGUGACGCGCCUGCGCGAGAUCCUGGGGGAGUGCGGUAAGAUCGGACGCGUCUAUCUCCAGCCAGAGAAGCAGUCAAGUGACAGGGCCAAGAAGAACAAGCGAAAGCGCUACAACAUUCACUUCACCGAGGGCUGGGUAGAGUUCGAGUCGAAGCGUGUAGCCAAGCAAAUUGUACCUCUUCUGAACAACAAACAAAUCUCGACGCGCAAGAGCUCCCAGUUCUACGAUUCGUUGUGGAGCAUGAAGUACUUGCCACGUUUCAAGUGGGUCCAUCUCACCGAACGGAUGAACUAUGAGCAGGCGGUGCAUAAGCAACGUCUGCAAACAGAGGUGUCACAGGCCCGCAAGGAGACGACGUUCUUCCAAAACAAUCUCGACAAGAGCGAAUACCUUAAGAAGCAGGCCAAGAAGGCGAAAAAACUAGACCAAAACCGAACUUUUUUUAUGUAGAAAUAUACAUAGUUUAUGAUUAUCAA